AUGGCCUCUCCUCCUCCAUUAGCGGGCUUCGGCAGCUCCGGAAAGUGCUUUCUCAUCGACAACCUGCUGCAGUCACAAACCUCUCCACCCCGAGCAGAGAGACCCGGGACACAGCCAGGGGGACAGGGGACAGAGGACACUGGGCCCAGGCGAGCUCCUGGUCUCAGGCGAAGCUGGAGCUGUGAGUCCAGAGGAGGAUAUCAAAGUCCAGGCCACAGUCCAGAGCAAGUCCUGCAACACCCAGGUGUGCUGAGCCGUGUGCUGGUGCCGGGCCUGGAGUACCCGUACCUCCUGGCGUUCUGCGGUGGGUCCAGCCCCCCUCCCGUCUUCUCCAAGAGUACGAAUCUUCCAACAUGGGCUCCUGAUAAUAACCCAAAAGCUCGCAGAGGGAUACUUCGAAGAGCGGUAUUUUCAGAGGAGCAGCGGAAAGAGCUGGAGAAAACCUUUAGGAAACAGAAAUACAUCAGCAAAACAGACAGGAACAAAUUAGCAGCAAACCUCAGUCUCAAGGAAUCACAGGUAAAGAUUUGGUUUCAGAAUCGUAGAAUGAAAUGGAGAAACUGUAAAGAGAAGGAGGCUCACAGCAAUCGCUCCCCAAUGGAUGAACUCAUGGCUCGAGCUCAAGAACCAUCUCAGAAAAACAACUCCAAAUCCAACAAAUCUGAUUCAGAGAAAAGGGAUUCAUGAUGGAUCUGUGAUGGCAGCUGUGUCAAGUGAAAUACUAUUAAAAAAGAACUGGUAAAGCUUUAUAAUGACUACUACAUGACGGGGUUAAAGUUAGGAGGAAAGAUCAUUACUAAACCUUCUUAAUAAAUGCUUUAUUAUGAAGUCAUUCAAGUGUAGUUAUUAUAAAGUGUUACCAAAUAAUUACUGGGUAAGUGAAUGUAAAUGCUACUUAAAGACUAACAUAAUUAGUUUUGACUUGUAAGUGGCUGCAGUUGUGGUUACUUCAUAGUAUAAUUGCUUAGUCAAUCAAAAUGUGAGGAGUUCAAGAGCAUGAGGUUGUGUUCACACUGCAGAAUCUGAUCAUGUCUUAAUCUCAAGUACAGAGUCCAAAUGAACUCUAUGGGAGAUUCAAUGAUUUUCAACAAAAUAUCUUGGAUUGACUCCACAAACGUGUCAUUUUAAAGUCCUGGCUUCAACUAUUUUGACUUGCAACAAUCAUUCUUUCUGAAGCUCACAUGAAAAAAUAUUAUUUGACCUUAGUUAAUUAGCAGCUGAGUUUUAAAGCAUAAAGUAGAAUGUUGAUGUGACAUGACCUGUCUGUUCUAUGCUCAUGUUGAUACAUCAUGUCA